AGUAGAACCUAGUUUACGACAAAAACAAAUCAAUGUACGGUAGCUCAGCUUUCUCACGUCGCACGUUAAAGCAAUAAGUGUGCUAUGGUUUUUCUAAAAGCAGGCUUAUUCAUCUUUAAAUUGUUAAAUUAAUGAAUAGCUCUAUUAAUAGCUCUAUUAAAGUGAUAACAACUCAUCUGAGCAAUGCUUACAUUGAUAUGCUUAUAUACAUCUAUAUAUGGGCCUAUAUGUAUAUGAUAGCAUUUUUUGAUUUCCCAUGCCCCCCCUGACUGGUUCUUGGUCCCCUCCUGAUCCACCUCAAUCGUCUAGCUAAGUGCUUCUCAAACCUUUUCUAAAAGUGUAACCCUUCUAAGAUAUUUUUCGACUGAGUUCCCCCUUCACAAGCACUAAAUAUUUUUGGGAUAUUUCUUUGGUGUUUUUUUUUUUAUUUUAUUUUUUUUAUAAUGACCAUAAAUAAUGCAUAGGUGUUCUAUUUGGCAGGGUGAACAUUAACAGGCUACAAAUACUCACAAUUUAGUGAAAAACAUGGGCCUGUGCUAAUUUCUCCGAAUUUUUUUAGGAUUACCCCCUCAGUACUCUGUCAAAAGUACCCCUACGGGUACGCGCUAUGAGUACGCGUAGGCCUACUCCCAUUUGGACAUCGAUAUUUUUUUCCAGUAUUUACGGUAAUAUACAGGAAGAGGCCAUUGGGCGCUUGCCGUUCUAGGAUAAACUGACAUCACGGGGUUCCGUUUGAUAUCAGUAACUGUUACCUCUCGCCGGUAGUGAGGUAUAAUAGGUUAAUAAACAUGUCACCAUGCGGCUCAACUAUGGAAGAACAGCUGUCGUCCAUAAUGGACGUACUUGCGAAAUCGGCUGUAUCUGAAAUUAGCCAACUGUUCUCGGAGGGGUCGGCUUCUCUUCGCUUACAAAUAACUCAGAGCCGCAAAGAAAACGAAUUGUUGAGGAUGAGGAUGAAGGUGAUGAGGAGUGAGCUGUUUUCUUUGCGGCUUCAAACAAGAUCGAAUGCAUCGCGUGCGGAAAGUGGUUUUGCCCUGGCCCGAGCCAACAUCAGCAAACUACGGACUAAAUCAUUGGAAAAUGAAUGUAUUCAUCAUCAUCAUCAUCAUCAGGCCUAAAGCCCCUGAUGGACCACAAGGCAGUUGUACAUCCCCCUUUUCAUUCACCAUCCAAAAGUGAGGCUUUGUCAGUUACAAGUCCAGCAGAGGAGACCCCCGGAAUAAUUUUAAUCAAGAUUGAAGAGGAUAUCAGUGGAUGCAGGCCAGCAGAAGACUGUGAUGCCUUUGGAGACCGCAGCACGACAAGCGCAGCCACCUCGGAGAGUCUGCCUGUGGACAUCCCUGGCUCCUCCCACGUGUCCAGUCAAAACGCAGAGCUGCGGAUCCUGAGUGUCUUUGGACAAGGCGGGGGGAAACUGGUGGUGGUAGGCCAUGACACCCUCUUCACCGCUUCCGAAGUGGAGGCCCUGAACUCGCUGUCUGUGGACUGCAGCGUGGCCAAGAGCCUGGACUGUGGCGAGCGGUUGGAUUGCCGCAAGGAGCUGGCUGUGCAGGAGGCCGCAGACACCAUUUUUAUCAAGGAGGAAGAGGAUAUUGGUGGAUGCAUACCCCCUUUAGAAGACUGCAAUGACAUGAGAGAGUGCAGCACACAUCGCAGCGCCACCUCGGAUAGUCUGCCUCCCGACGCCCCUGGCUCCUCCCACAUGUCCAGUCACAACGGGGAGCUGCGGAUCCUGAGUGUCCACGGACAUGGGGGGGGGCAACUGAUGGUGGACGGCCAUGACACCCUCUUCAGCGCGUCCGAGGUCGCGGCCCUCAGCUCUCUGUCCGUGGACCACAGUGUGGCCAAGAGCCCGGAUUGCGGCGAGAGGCUCGUCCACUGUGAGGAGCUGACUGGGCAUCGGGGCGGCCGCAAGGGCCGGCCCUGUGUCUUGUGUGGCAAGGUUUUUCCCAACGAUUCCAAGAUGACCAUCCACAUGCGUACCCACAGCAGCGAGAAGCGCCACAGGUGCGACCAAUGCAUGAAGCGCUUCAGACGGAGCUACGACCUGAAGAUCCACAUGAUGAUUCACUCCGGGGAGAUGCCCUACAAGUGUGACCAAUGCAUGAAGGGCUUCAGACGGAGCUGCGACCUGAAGAUCCACACGUGGAUUCACUCCGGGGAGAGGCCCUACAAGUGUGACCGAUGCAUCAAGGGCUUCAGACGGAGCUACGACCUGAAGAACCACAUGAGGAUUCACUUCAGGGAGAAGCCCUACAAGUGUGACCAAUGCAUCAAGGGCUUCAGACGGAGCUGCGACCUGAAGAACCACAUGAGGACUCACUCCGGGGAGGUGCCCUAGGGUGUGACCAAUGCAUGAUGGGGUUCUGCCGGAGCUCCAGCCUGAAGAUCCACAUAAGGAUUCAAUCCAGGGAGCAGCCCUGCGUUUGCCACCACUGCAACAUCAGCUACAGUCGUGCCAGCAGUUUGCGUCACCACAUGAUCAAGAACAAGGGUAAAGGGGUGCUUUGACAUGGGGCAACAGGAUGCUUCUAUUGAAUUUGACACCUUUAUCCUGUAUGUGAUGAAAUUACUGAUUUAACGUUUUUUAUCA